GCUCCAGUGACAGCAGCACAUUUGCGGGGAAGAAAGCUGGAGGCUAUCCCCAGGGUGCCCGAGACCUCCGAGAAGAUGAGAGCAACUGCAGAAGAUGACUUAAAUGAGGCUGUUACUCUAUAAUCUCAUGGGGACAAAGACAAGGUGACUCACUGCACAGGAGCAAACUUUGGAUGAGGUCUCUUGCCUGCCAUCAUCGUGCCCUGCCAUCCUGGGUAAUUCUAACACGAAACCAAGGACCAGCCAAGUCACACGUGUCAAAAGCAGACAGACACAGCCAUGGAGCAAGCUGAACAUAACCCAAAUGCUACUGUCAACCUCAACUUUGCUGCAAUCUACAAUCUCCAUGAUGGGGAUUUAACCUCCUUGCGAAACUUCUCCUUCCCUUUCAAUUUCAGUUACAGUGACUAUGACCUGCCACUGGACAGUGAAGACGACAUGACCAAAACACGCACCUUCUUUGCAGCCAAGAUUGUCAUUGGGGUGGCUCUGGUUGGCAUCAUGCUGGUCUGUGGCAUCGGCAACUUCAUUUUCAUUGCCGCUCUUGCCCGCUACAAGAAGCUGCGAAACCUCACCAACCUGCUGAUUGCCAACCUGGCCAUCUCAGACUUCAUUGUGGCCAUCGUGUGCUGCCCCUUUGAGAUGGACUACUACGUGGUGCGGCAGCUGUCCUGGGAACACGGCCACGUCCUCUGUGCCUCAGUCAACUACCUACGGACUGUCUCCCUCUAUGUUUCUACCAAUGCUCUCCUGGCUAUAGCUGUUGACAGGUAUCUGGCCAUUGUUCAUCCACUGAAACCACGAAUGAAUUAUCAAACAGCAACCUUCCUCAUUGCCUUGGUCUGGAUCAUCUCCAUACUUGUAGCUAUCCCAUCUGCAUACUUUGCUACUGAAACUGUUUUAUUUAUAGUGAAAAACCAGGAGAAAAUUUUCUGUGGUCAAAUUUGGCCAGUUGACCAGCAGAUGUACUACAAAUCAUACUUCCUUUUCAUCUUUGGCAUUGAAUUUGUUGCACCUGUGAUUACAAUGACUUUGUGUUAUGCCAGGAUCUCUCGGGAGCUUUGGUUUAAAACCGUACCAGGAUUUCAGACGGAACAGAUCAGAAAGAGGCUUCGAUGCAGAAGAAAAACUGUUAUGGUACUUAUGUGCAUCCUGACUGCCUAUGUUCUUUGCUGGGCACCUUUCUAUGGCUUCACAAUUGUCCGUGACUUUUUCCCCACCAUCUUUGUGAAAGAGAAGCAUUAUCUUACUGCUUUUUACAUAGUUGAAUGCAUUGCUAUGAGUAACAGCAUGAUAAACACCAUGUGUUUUGUAACUGUAAAAAAUAACACCAUGAAGUAUUUCAAGAAGAUCAUGUUGCUCAGAUGGAGAUCAACAUAUAAUGGAAGCAAAUCUAGCACAGAUUUAGACCUGAGAACAAGUGCAAUGCCAGUCACAGAGGAGGUAGACUGCAUAAAACUGAAAUAAAUCUUCUGCAGUUCUAUCUCACAUAUUUUGGAGGGUGGGUAAAGCAGAAACAAUGCCCCCCUCACAAGCUUUUCCCUUGCCUGUGGGAAUACCCACCACUGGUGAGAGCCUUCGAAAAACAGCCUACUAUGCAUUUCCACCAGAACUCUUGUCACUAGACUGCGGUACAAUCCCAUAAUUC